AAGGGGCUAAAGAUAAAACGAUUUAACUAUUUUUGUCUCUAUUUUGUAGAUUUUAUAUUUAUGUUUUUAACUAUCUAUCACAUACUAUUUUAAGGACAAGACUUCGGAACAUUUGGAAGAGAUGUAGUUAGUUAUAUUGGUAAUAGAUAUAAAAAAAUAAAGUAUUAUGAAAUCUUUCAUUUAGAUUUCAAAUUAAAAAUUUUGUAGCAUGCAAAUAUUAUAAUGUAAGCAUUGCUCAAAUUAUACUGUACAAAGAAAGAAAUUAGUUUUUAUGACCUUGCUUGGAACACUUGUGUUUAAUUUAUAUGUUUGAUUAAGUGUGUCGUUCGGGUUACCAAAGGAAAGAUACCAUUUUUACUUCAGCGACUUGAGACUGAAAGCGUAUCAUAAACAGACAAGAUGACGUGGCUUCGGCGAAUAAGUGUGGUGUUUUUAUUUUUUCUUGCUUGUAAGGGUGUUGAAAGUGCAUCUAUAUUAGCACUAUUUUCUUCUUUGUCCUUCUCUGAUCACCUCGUGUUCAGGAGUUAUAUUUCUCUUCUUGUUCAACGAGGACAUUCGGUUGUUAUGAUGACCCCAUAUCCAGGUAACUUUAACUCACAAGAAAUGGAAAGGAUAGUGGAACUCAAUGUUGGAACUGAAUCAGCGCCGUUUUGGGAGGAAUACAAGAGAUUAUAUACCGAUACCGAUGACUAUUUUCCACGACUGAAAAGUAUGAAUGAACUAUCUUUAAAAUUGGCCAUUGCCCAGUUAAAGUCAAAACCGAUGACAUCUUUGCUAAUUAACCCAAAUGUUAAAUUUGACCUCGUUAUAACAGAAGCUGAUGUACCACUAUUGUAUGCGAUUGCUGAAAAAUAUCAAACUCCACACAUUUCUAUUACUACUUCUAGUGGAAAAAUCCACCAGUAUGAAUCUAAAGGCACUCCUAUUCAUCCCAUACUUUAUCCGGACGUCAAUACCUUAAGCCACAGAAAUCUAACGCGGUGGCAAAAAAUUGUUGAGAUAUAUCGUUAUUUCAGCACGAGAAAUGAAUAUUAUAAUCAUUACCUUCCUCUUUGCGAUGUUGCUGCUAAGAAAAUGUUUGGACUCAAUAGAGAGCUCAUAGAAGUCGAAUAUGAUAUCGACAUUUUGUUAAUAGCUAGUAAUCCUCUUUUAAUCGGUAAUAGACCAACUGUACCAGCAAUUUCUUUCGUUGAUCGCCUUCAAAUUAAGCCAGGAUUUCCAUUACAACAGGUACAUGAACAAAUUAUUACUGUUUGGUAUAGUAUGUUUUUAAUUUUUGUCUUAUUCAAAUUGAAUUGUUCUCAGGAGUUAAAAACGAUUUUGGAUUCAGCGCCGAAAGGUGUCAUAUACUUUAGUUUCGGCGCCAUUCAGGAACCUGAACAUCUUUCCAGUAGUAUACUGCAAACUCUGGCUGAUGCGUUCCGAGAGAUGCCAUUUACAGUACUGUGGAAGAUUGGCAACACGACAAUGGUGAAUUUGUCAGGAAACGUAAUUGCUAAUGUUUGGUUUCCUCAACAGGAAAUUUUAGCUCAUCCUAAUGUUAAGGCUUUUAUAACACAUGGUGGACCACGUUCCUUAGAAGAGGCUAUUUUCUACGAAGUUCCAAUAAUUGGUUUACCAACAGUGCGUUCCAGAAAAGUCUUUAUUAGUGAAAUUACUCGAUAUGGAGCAGGAGAAAUUUUAGAUAUUUAUUCUUUGGAAAAGGAGGCUUUGAUACAAGUGCUGACAGAAGUUGCAACGAAUAAUAAGUACAAGAAUGAAAUGAUUAAAUUGAAGAGUAUGGUUGUGAGCCCUGUAAUUUCUGGUCCCGACAACGCCGUCUGGUGGACGGAAUACGUCCUGCGUAAUGGUGGUGCGAAGUACCUCCGGUCCCCAGCAGUUGGCAUAUCAUUUGUUAAAUACUACAUGUUAGAUAUCGCUGGCAUCUUGCUUUCAGUUUCAUUAAUAUUACUUUCGGCUGCUUACUUCAUGUUGCGUAUAGUUUACAGACGACUUUAUGCCCGCUUUGUUAACAAAUUUGGAGAUAAAGGAAAGUUUAAAGCAUUGUAAUGUAACAACGUUAGUAAUUCUUGUUUUAAUUUAUUAUUUUCUA